ACCCUAAUAUUGUAGCGGGGUUUUGGUUGCAAUAAAAAAUUGACAAUUUCAUACUAUUGGUAUAUAUUAUUCAAUUGACGUUAAAAAUUAGGUGAAUAAGAAAAUGUAGACACUGGAUAUGUUCUCUUAUCGAUGUUUCACACGGAAAUGGAAGAACAUGUACAUGUUUGGUUUAUAUUUAUACUCGGUACAACAGUGGUACUGAAGGAGAUAGCACUGCAAAGAGCUAUUAAAUAGUGUACAUAUUGCAAGAUAUAACGUUUCGCGUGCCACCUGAUGGACGUUUUAAAAGACAUAUCAGCAUAUGGAUAAUAAUUUAUAGUUGUGUAAUUUCGAAUUAGGUUGGUCAAUGUCUGCAAUAAAAUACGAUUGAUGCAAGCCAGGCAUGUUUUACUGUUUGGCAAUAGUGCAAACUAGUUCAAGUUUUCAAGCAGGAUUUAAAUCCGGCUUCGAUCUGAUCUGCACGAUUGUAGCCUGUCAACUAUUGGUCAAGUAUUCGGUACAUUUAGGAUACGCAUUUUGGCGUUGGUGUUAUAAAGCAGACAGUUGAAUUGGUGUAAGGCCUAUUGUUGUAAACAACAGGCAGUGUGUAAUCCACAUGUAUCAAAGUGAUCAUAAGGUAUAAAACCGUAGGAAAUAUCACGAAAUUUAUCAUUCCCCAAAAUACAUCAGUUCGUAGCAGUGUCCAUUCAGCGGUGUAGCCAAAUUCACCAUGCAACAGAAGGUAUGUUUUGUGAUGCUUUUUACCGUAGCAGUAGUUGGAGCUGCCGUAUUACCUGUAGUGCAAUAUCAUCAACAUGAUGAUGGUCCGGCUGAGUAUCAUUUUGAGUAUUCUGUUAAUGAUGCUCAUACUGGUGACAUAAAACAGCAGCACGAAGAGCGCCAUGGAGAUAAAGUGACUGGCCAGUACAGUCUUAUCGACGCGGACGGGUAUCGUCGUGUAGUGGAUUAUUCUGCCGACAAACAUACGGGAUUCGUUGCUAACGUUCAUCGCGAACCAAUUAAGGGUGUCUAUUCGGUUGCUUUGCACAAGAAAGUUGAGGUAGUUCCUGUGGUAAAGCUUGUGAAAUCGAUAGCUUUGGCUCCAGCAGUGCAUCACACUGAACCAGUGAAUCGUGUAAAGGCAGUGCAUCUCGUAAAAGUGCAUCAGACUGUACCAAAUGUACACCACCCGGUAGUGUACGCAUCCAAACAUACCAAUAAUGUACGUUCACAUACCAGCUUCAAAAGUGGAAAUGUGAGCUAUCAGUAUUGAAAACAUGUUGUUAACAUAAAUUAAUAAAAUAUGUUAUUACUCAAUCCAUAUUGACAUAUUCUCUUGAAUAUUUCAUGUGCAAGCCCUUGUUCUUUAUUUCAUAUACUUAACUUUUUGCUUACUUGUAUACUGUUUGAAAAUAUUGGUACAGUAUACUAAGGAAAUACAAUAUUUUUUCUUGUUUACUCUCAAUUGAACACAGUUUCAUAAUGAAUUCCUUUGUAUAAUUAUCUAAACCUCUACUAGUAGUAAAUAUAUUACGAAAUUCGAACUUCAUAGUAGAGUACCCAAAAAAUCGAGAUCAAUUUAGAAGAGCAAUAAUGGGGUUCUUAUGACACAUGCAGUAUAUUAGCUACGUUAAUAAUUAAUAAAUUCGCUUUAACAUAAGUUUGGUAUGAAGUUGAUGUUUAAAGCUGCGUGGAUAAUCGAAACAUCUUAUACAAAACGGGGACAAUAACAAAACGAUAUUUUUUAUAAUUAUGCCUGAUCAACCAAAACCCCUCUACUAAACCGAAAUGUACAAAAAUCAUAAAUUAUCUUCAAGUCCAAUAAAACUGGAAAGAUUGCAUUGACUUAAUCGAACAUUAUUUGGAUUAUAGCAUAAAACAAUAUAAAAUAUACACAUCCAUACAAUGCUUAGCAAGUAAGAAAGAUCCCAUAAUAUCGUACCUCGAUAUUAUUCCUCGAAAAAAGUAUACUGACCAUACCAUAAUAUAAUGUUUAAAUAACUAAAACAGGUAAACUGUAAUUUCCCUCAAAAACCAACAAUUGAGAAAAGCGAGGUAAUUAAAUAAUUCAGCCAAAAACAUUGGCUUAAUCAAUAUUUGUUAAACAUGAGUUCUAAACAUUAGUUAUUAUGGUUAUGGAUUAUGUUUUUAGUUACCAUAUUAAUUGAAAAUUUAAUGAAUAUGUGUAUAAUUUUUAUUAUGAAAUUUAUAUAAUGAGAAACUUGUACAAUUGUAGUAAUGCUUGUGGUAGAUGAAGGAUUUAAAUUAAUGAGUGAUUGAACUUAAUGAACGUAACGUAAUUGUAACGUAAACUAUAAAAGAAAAUGAUGAACGAUGAGAAAUAAUGGACGAUGUAAUCUGCAGACCCUGGCUAAGGCGUUUGUAAUUAACUUAAUUUGAAUUUACGCGUAGCUGGAUAUUCAAUCCUGCGGAGGACGGAUUCAAUUUAAAAUGGUACCGGUCCUGUCGUAUGAGCAACCAGUUCUGCUACUAACUUACCACCGAGCUGCCCUUUAUUUGUUAAUUUUUUAUGAACAGGUCAAAUAAAAAAAAUCUUUUCUUGCUUUUGAAUCCCUACUUUCAAGCAUUUGAAUCCCGGUGGAUUCAAAUAAAACACAAAACAAUCAGGUAUGCAAAUCAAUUAAAACUGAUUUAACCUUUUUUCCCAACUAAAAAUAGUUUAUAGAUGCAAC